GAUAACGUUUCAACUAAAGCAUUAAAGUAUGGCUUGGCUAACGAAGCAGUAGCCUUAAAUCAAUACAAGGAAAAGCACAUGGGAAAAAACAUCAGACGUUGUGGCCUUUUUAUUGAUCCUAAAUAUCCCUUUCUUUGUACUUCGCCAGAUGGAUUGAUAGACGAAGAUGGAUUACUUGAAAUAAAAUGUCCUUAUACAGCCAGAUUCUCAGCAGCAGACUUGUCAGACUUUUUCAGCAAGCCUAAUUCUGUUGGUCUUCGGAUGGAUGCUGAUAAUAAUCUUUAUUUACCGAAAAGCCACAAAUAUUAUUUUCAAAUUCAAGGGCAGUUAGCCAUAACAGAGAGGAAUUGGUGUGAUUUAUAUAUAUGGUGCAGAGAAGAUGCAAUCACAUUAAGAAUACCCGAAGACAAAACUUUCUGGAUCAGUUUAGUUCCAAAACUCGAAAAAUUUUACGUGAAUUGUAUUCUUCCUGAGCUUGUUGAUCCAAGAGCACCAAGAAAAAUGUCUCUUAGAGAACCGAAGUAUAUUGUUGAUGCUAGAGCACAGAAUGAGAAACAAAAACAGGCCACUGCUUCUGUAAAACAAACACAAGAAAAAAGAGAAAUUGAAAUUUCAGAAGCAGAUAAAAUUAUUUCAUCUCCUAGAAAGAAUGCAGGAGAGAAAAGAAUCAGGAAACCAAAAAUUAUUUUUGAUUUGUAAUCAGUAACAAGCCAAG